AUGGCCAACUACCUCGCCUCCAUCUUCGGCACGGAGCAGGACAAAGUCAACUGCAGCUUCUACUACAAAAUCGGCGCCUGCCGCCACGGCGACCGCUGCUCGCGCAAACACGUCAAGCCCUCCUACUCGCAGACCGUGCUGCUCCCCAAUCUCUAUCAAAACCCGGCCUACGACAACAAGUCGCGCCUCACGCCCUCCCAACUCCAAAACCACUUCGACGCCUUCUACGAGGACUUCUGGUGCGAGAUGUGCAAGUACGGCGAGAUCGAGGAGGUGGUCGUGUGCGACAACAACAACGACCACCUGAUCGGCAACGUGUACGCGCGGUUCAAGUACGAGGACAGCGCGCAGGCGGCGUGCGAUGCGCUGAACAGUCGGUGGUAUGCUGCGAGGCCGAUUUACUGCGAGCUCAGCCCCGUUACGGAUUUUAGGGAAGCGUGUUGUAGGCUGAAUAGCGGGGAAGGGUGCGUGAGGGGUGGGUUCUGCAAUUUCAUCCAUCGCAAGGAGCCGAGUCCCGAGUUGGAUAGGGAGAUUGAGUUGAGUACGAAGAAGUGGUUGAAGGAGAGGGGGAGGGAUGAGAGGAGUAUGAGCAGGAGCCCGACUCCGGAGCGGUGA